AGAAUGGCGAACGAGAUACGCACAACAGUCUGUUUUCUGUCCAUUGGGUCCGCUUGCACAAUCCCCUUGUGACCUGUCCUGCAAGGUACCCAGUCCCCAGCAACCGGGCGUGGCGCAAUCAGCGCCUGCCUGUUGCGCCUGGGUGACGCUUCCCCGAGUCCGGCAGGUGCUCGUUUUCGCCGCUGUUUCAUAGCCGAUACCAACCCCCAAGCUCCCUCUCCACAUUCCUCUUCCCGUUCCCAUCUUCUGUUCUCCUUUCCUCCUCUCCUCAACACAUCAAACUCGCAUCGCCGUCUACCUUGUCAGGAUCACUGAAGAUUCCACAAGGGGGAACCGUUAUCUCCUCACAUUCGCCGCAAUGAGGAUCGCUGCCUCCACAGUGUUGCUCGGCGCUGCUUCGGCAGCGUCAUUUGGGCAGCAGGCCCAGCAGGUGCUCUCGGGUGGCUCCAUGAGGCCCAUCUCGGAUGCUUUUGCCGACGCCGCUGCUCGCCCCCUUGAGAGCAUAGAGGAGGCUUUCCAGGGCAUGACGGCCGAGGCCAAGGCCCUUUGGGACGAGAUUAAGCUGCUCGUCCCGGAGAGCGCCUUCAAGUCUGAGUGGUUCAGCAAGCCUAAGCCGCAUCGCCGGCGCCACGACUGGGACCAUAUUGUCAAGGGCGCCGACGUUCAGAAGCUGUGGGUACAGGAUGCCGACGGCGAGAGCCACCGCCAGGUCGGUGGUCGUCUUGAGAACUUUAACCUUCGCGUCAAGUCGGUCGACCCCUCCAAGCUCGGUGUCGAUUCGGUCAAGCAAUACAGCGGCUAUCUUGACGACGAGGCCAACGACAAGCAUCUCUUUUACUGGUUCUUCGAAUCGCGCAAUGAUCCCAAGAACGACCCGGUCGUCCUGUGGCUCAACGGCGGCCCCGGCUGCUCGUCCCUGACCGGUCUCUUCCUCGAGCUCGGUCCCUCGUCGAUUGACAAGAAGCUCAAGGUUGUGAACAAUGAGUUCAGCUGGAACAAUAAUGCCAGCGUCAUCUUCCUGGAUCAGCCCGUCAAUGUCGGAUACUCGUAUUCCGGCUCCUCCGUGAGCAACACCAUCGCUGCUGGCAAGGACGUCUACGCUCUUUUGACCCUGUUCUUCCACCAAUUCCCCGAGUACGCCAAGCAAGACUUCCACAUCGCUGGCGAGUCUUAUGCUGGCCACUACAUCCCCGUCUUCGCCUCUGAGAUCUUGGCGCAUAAGAACCGCAACAUUAAUCUCAAGUCCGUCUUGAUCGGCAACGGCCUGACCGAUGGUCUCACUCAGUACGAGUAUUACCGCCCCAUGGCCUGCGGUGAGGGCGGUUAUCCUGCUGUCCUAAGCGAGUCCGAGUGCCGGAGCAUGGACAACGCUCUGCCGCGGUGCCAAUCCCUCAUCAAGAACUGCUACGAUAGCGGCAGCGUGUGGAGCUGCGUCCCCGCGUCCAUCUACUGUAACAACGCCAUGAUUGGCCCCUAUCAGCGUACCGGCCAAAACGUCUACGACAUCCGCGGCAAAUGUGAAGAUAGCAGCAACCUUUGCUACAGCGGCCUCGGUUGGAUCAGCGAUUACCUGAACCAGCAGUCCGUCAUGGAUGCUCUCGGCGUUGAGGUCUCGAGCUACGAGAGCUGCAACUUUGACAUCAACCGCAACUUUCUGUUCCAGGGCGACUGGAUGCAGCCAUUCCACCGCCUUGUUCCCAACAUCCUCAAGGAGAUUCCCGUCCUCAUCUAUGCCGGUGAUGCCGAUUACAUUUGCAACUGGCUUGGCAACCAGGCCUGGACCAAUGCGCUUGAGUGGCCCGGCAAGAAGGGCUUCAACGAUGCUAAGAUCAAGGAUUUGAAACUCCCCGGUGCCGACAAGGAGUACGGCAAAGUCAAGGCCUCUGGCAACUUCACCUUUAUGCGCGUGUACCAGGCUGGUCACAUGGUGCCCAUGGACCAGCCCGAGAACUCGCUCGACUUCCUGAACAGGUGGUUGAGCGGCGAGUGGUUCGCCAAGUAAAGGAGACGGACGGUGGCUGUAGCAUCUUUGCACUAGGCAUGAUGCGUAUUGAGCGAAUACUGCAUUGUCGCGCAUUCAGUCUUAGAAGCUCAGAAACGUGAUGACCAGAGAUCAUGACGUACAUGGAUUGUUGCCUUCCUAUAUGUACACACUUUUUUCUUUGUUAAUUGAAUAGUAUGUCAACUUGCCAAGUACUUGCUGUCCCUGGUGCCCAUGUAAUUGGUGCCAUCUCAAAGGUCUCUCUGUCUGCCCCUUGCAACACCUGUGCGCCCAGUUUGAUCGUAAUGCUGUACCGAGUACCGCCGAGAGCUCUCACCAUUGCACGAAGCCAGGAAAAGAUACGGAGUGAAUAA